AUGUGGCAAAGGGGAAGCAAAUAUGUUAAGAAACGCCCAAGUUUUGCCAAUUGCUUAAAUAGUCUUUCAUUGCGGAACACUCUUGCGGCUACCAUUGCAGCAGAGAAGGACAUCCAGACUGCCACUCAAGAGUUUGUUCCUAUAAGUUGGGCAAAUAAUGAGAAACUUUCAUUGAAAGGGUCUCUUUCUGCUGUUAGAAAAUCAGCUCAUGCAGCUGCACUGAUUGAAGCAGCUUUCAGGGCUCGUUCAUUCCGUCAAAGGCAUCUUGUGACGGGCAGCAAUGAUAUUUCUCUCGACCUCGUUGCUCUAGGUUCCUUGAAGAAGGUCCAGAGGAUGGGUCAUUUUCAGGAGUAUUUGCACUCUGCUGCCAUAAAGAUUCAGCAGAAGUACCGUGGCUGGAAGAAAAGGAAAAAAUUCUUGAAUAUAUGCAGCCGUAUAGUUAAACUUCAGCACCAUAAUGCCAACAAAUCAGAUCAAAAUUGCACACCAGAACGCUGCUCGAUGAAGAUGAAAGUCGCAUGGGAGGAAAAUGUCGUCGAGCGCGUCGGGUUGAAUGUUUUCAAGCGAUGUCAUGGUAAACGCCGCGCGAAGGAGAACUGUCAUCGAGGGGUAAAGAGAGAUAUCACUGCGGAUUCGAUGGGGGCUCACAACGCGCAGCAACAGUAG